GUUUGGGAAUGGCGAUGGCGGCAAGGAUGUUGCAGAGGCGAUUCAUCUCUAUUUUUUCUGGACAAACCCAUCAUCCCAUUCUUCAAGGGUCCUCUCGGUAUUCUCCUGCCAGUGCAAUAUUAAACAGAUAUGGAUUUCAUCAAAGAGGGGUCACCACACAUACAACUCCAAUCAAACAUGUUAGUGAAGAUGUAGAAAAUAAGGAAGACGCUACCUUAAAAUCAAGUCUAAACCCAGAUAAUGUUCCUACAUCCAUUAGCAUUAAUGAGAACUCUGCAGUAAAGUUUUCUGCCCAUUCCAGUUUGAAAACAUCCUCAAGGCAUGAUCUUGCUAUGGUUUUUACCUGCAAGGUCUGUGAAACGAGAUCCAUUAAGACAGUUUGUCGCCAAUCGUAUGAGAAAGGUGUAGUGGUAGCCAGAUGUGGGGGGUGUAAUAAUCUUCACUUGAUUGCAGAUCACCUUGGGUGGUUUGGUGAACCAGGUAGCAUUGAGGACUUCCUGGCUUCUCGUGGAGAAGAAGUUAAAAGAGGUUCAGUUGAUACACUGAAUCUAACAUUGGAAGAUAUAGCUGGAAGAAAACCUUGAAAUGUACAAUUUGACCAAAUAUAUGGUUCCAUUAGGGUAUAUCACUGAGAGUUUGGAAGGGCAAGGGAGUGUAACAAUAGUUGCUGUUUUCUUGAUUAUCCUCAUUCAAAAGUGACAUAUUAAUGUACUGUUUUCUUCAUUAAUUAUUUUUGGUGCCUGAUGAAGGAAUGGAAUGCCUUUGAGAUCUUGUGUAAACAGUAGCCACAGAGGAAUAAUAAGUUGGGAUGUGAGGUUCUGGAGGAAACAACUUUGGUAAUAGAUUGUGUCAUGUCUGUUCUUCGAUCAUGAAAUUUCCUUGCAUCAUUAAAUCAUCAUACCAUUGUCUAGCUACUCUUACUACUCAAGGGAUUAUGCCGACCCCUUAUCAUAUUUUACAUUGUGAUCUCAUGUAUUCAGUUUGGGUAGACUUGUGUAACUUGUCUAUGCACAUAUAUUACAUAUGUGAGAGUAGCUAGCUUAAAUUGUUGAUAGCUAGCUUAAAUUGUUGAUAGAUUGUUUGCUUUCAGCUGAGAAAGCUAGAGAAAGGAUAGUUAUGCUAAUGAAUUGUGCUUAUUGACGUAGAAGAGUUAUGCUAAGAGUUUGUUUAUGUAAUUGUUGGAAUCGAUUUCCACAGAAUCAGAAAAUAACCAAUGCCAUUGAACAUGUUU